UUUCCCGCCGAUGGGUUUAAUUUCAUUUGGGUAGGCCAGAAAUUAGCGCUUCUUUUUCACUAACGAAGUCGAACCCUCAGACCAGCAUAGCCACAGAGCUUUAGGCUACAGGGGGGUUUUGAUCUCCUUCCUGUCCUUGUGCGUUCGUACAGAACAACCCCGUAAUUUGCUGUGGGUUUUCAUGUUUCCUUAGUUCUUCGUCUUGUUCGGCGUCCGUUCAAAUCUCCGACUCUGAUUCGUCUGAUCGAAGUGAUACACUAUGUAUAUAAAGGAAGUAUGCUUGGAAGGGUUCAAGUCGUACGCGACGAGGACCGUGGUUCCGGGAUUUGACCCUUACUUCAACGCCAUAACUGGGCUCAAUGGCUCCGGCAAGUCCAACAUCCUCGACUCCAUUUGCUUCGUCUUGGGCAUCACCAAUUUGCAGCAGGUUCGUGCUUCCAAUCUCCAAGAGCUCGUCUACAAGCAAGGACAGGCGGGUAUUACCAAGGCCACCGUCUCCAUCGUCUUUGAUAAUUCCGACCGCAGCCGAAGUCCUCUUGGGUACGAGGAUCAUUCUGAGAUCACGGUCACGCGCCAGAUAGUGGUUGGUGGAAGGAACAAGUACUUGAUCAAUGGGAAACUUGCCCAACCUAGUCAGGUUCAAAAUCUUUUUCAUUCGGUGCAGCUUAAUGUGAAUAACCCACAUUUUCUCAUCAUGCAAGGCCGCAUUACCAAGGUUUUAAAUAUGAAACCCCCUGAGAUAUUAUCAAUGCUUGAAGAGGCUGCUGGGACAAGAAUGUACGAGACAAAGAAAGAUGCUGCUUUAAAGACACUUGAGAAGAAGCAAACUAAGGUUGAUGAGAUUAAUAAUCUUCUUGACCAGGAGAUACUGCCUGCUUUGGAGAAGUUAAGGAAAGAGCGAACACAAUACAUGCAAUGGUCUAAUGGCAAUGCCGAGUUAGAUCGGCUCAAAAGGUUUUGCAUUGCUUAUGAGUAUGUUCAAGCAGAAAAGAUUAGGGACAAUGCAGUAAGUGAGGUGGAAAAAGUGAAAGCAAGGAUUGCUGAGAUUGAUGACAGUACAGGAAGGAUGCAGGCAGAGAUACAGGAGAAGGAGAUGAAAGUGUCCGAGUUGACUGCAGCCAAGGAAGCCAGCAUGGGUGGAGAAGUAAAAGAAUUGUCUGAGAAAGUAGAUGCACUUUCUCAAGAUCUUGUGAGGGAGGUUUCUGUACUGCAUAAUAAAGAGGAUUCCCUCAAGACUGAAAAUGAAAACGUUGAAAAGCUUGUUAGCAAUAUUGAAGACUUGAAGCGAUCUGUGGAGGAGAGGGCAUCUGCUGUAAGUAAAGCUGACGAAGGAGCAGCUGAUUUGAAAAAGAAGGUAGCAGAACUUUCUGAAAGUUUGGAGAAGUAUGAAAAGGAACACCAGGGUGUACUAGCUGGCAAGGGCAGUGGAAAUGAGGAGAAAAGCCUGCAAGACCAACUAAGUGAUGCUAAGGUGGCUGUUGGGAGUGCUGAAACAGAAUUCAAACAGUUGGAAACCAAAAUAAGCCACUGUGAAAAGGAAUUGAAAGAGAAUACAAAUAAGCUAAUGUCCAAGCGUGAAGAGGCUGUUGCUGUAGAAACUGAGCUUCAUGCUAGAGUAAAAGAUGUAGAAAAUCUUAGAGUGGCACUGAACUCUCUUCCAUAUAAGGAAGGACAGAUGGAAGCUUUACAAAAGGAUCGUGCAUCUGAGUUGGAAUGGGUGCAGAAGUUGAAGGAUGAAAUAAGGAACCUUUCAGCACAAUUAGCACAUGUGGAGUUCAAAUAUCGUGAUCCUGUGAAGGGUUUUGACAGGUCCAAGGUGAAAGGUGUGGUUGCAAGACUUAUCAAAGUGAAGGAUAGCUCCACGAUGACUGCCUUAGAGGUUACUGCAGCUGGAAAGUUGUUUAAUGUUGUCGUGGAUACAGAAGAUACUGGAAAGCAACUUCUUCAGAAUGGUGAUCUUCGCAGAAGAGUGACAAUUAUACCUUUGAAUAAAAUUCAGUCCAAUCCUGUUCCAGAUAGGGUUAGGCAUGCUGCUGUUAGAUUGGUUGGCAAGGAGAAUGCAGAACUGGCACUUUGUUUGGUUGGUUAUGAUGAGGAAUUAAAGAGGGCCAUAGAAUAUGUCUUUGGUUCAACCUUCGUAUGCAAAACCAUUGAUGCUGCAAAGGAGGUUGCUUUUAACAGGGAGACGCGCACCCCAAGUGUCACUAUUGAAGGUGAUAUAUUUCAGCCUAGUGGCCUUUUGACUGGUGGAAGCCGCAGGGGUGGUGGUGUUCUGUUAAGGCAACUUCAUGAUCUUGCUGAGGCAGAGUUGAAACUCUCUGCACAUCAGAAAAGGUUGAAUGAAAUUGAACAAAAGAUUGCGGAGCUUCUGCCUCUUGAGAAAAAGUUCAAAGAGCUUAAAUCACAAUUGGAGAUUAAUUCCUAUGACCUUUCACUAUUCCAGGGCAGGGCUGAGGAGAAUGAGCAUCAUAAGCUUGCUGAAAUAGUAAAGAAGUUGGAGCAGGAGCUUGCAGAUGCAAAAUCUGCAGCAAAAGAGAAACAAUUUUUGUAUGAGAAAUGUGUAAAUGAAGUGGCAGUGCUUGAGAAAUCAAUCAAAGACCAUGACAAUAAUAGGGAGGGUAGGCUCAAAGAAUUGGAGAAAAAGAUAAAGGCAGUAAAAGCACAAACACAGUCAGCUUUGAGGGAUCUCAAGGGGCAUGAAAAUGAAAAAGAGAGGCUUAUUAUGGAAAAGGAAGCUGUUGUAGAGGAAUGUGCAUCUUUGGAGACUCAAUUAUCUUCUUUGAGAACACAAAUUAAUGUUCUGAUAUCUGAUGUAGAACAACAAACAGUGAAGGUUGCUUCUACAAAAAGUAUUCAUGAACAGGCUAAAUCUGAGCUUAAUUCGAUUCGUAUGAAGAUGAAGGAAUGUGAUUCUCAAAUAAGUGGCAUCCUUAAAGAACAGCAAGAACUUCAACAUAAACUUAGUGAGACAAACCUUGAAAGGAAAAAAAUGGAAAAUGAGGUAAGGCGAAUGGAGAUGGAACAGAAAGAUUGCUCUUUGAAGGUAGACAAACUGAUUGAGAAGCAUGCAUGGAUUACAUCUGAGAAGCAACUAUUUGGAAAAACUGGAACCGAUUAUGAUUUUACAUCUCGUAAUCCUGGUAAAGCAAGGGAAGAAUUAGAGAAACUACAGGCCGAACAGUCAGGCCUUGAGAAAAGGGUAAACAAGAAAGUUAUGGCUAUGUUUGAGAAAGCCGAAGAUGAGUACAAUGACUUAAUGUCUAAGAAAAACAUCAUUGAGAAUGAUAAAUCUAAAAUCAAGAAGGUGAUUGAAGAACUGGAUGAGAAAAAGAAGGAAACAUUGAAAAUUACUUGGGUCAAAGUUAACAAUGACUUUGGAUCUAUCUUUUCUACCCUAUUACCUGGCACCAUGGCAAAGUUAGAACCUCCUGAAGGAUGCAGCUUCCUAGAUGGUCUUGAGGUUCGUGUUGCAUUUGGUGGAGUCUGGAAACAGUCCUUAUCAGAACUAAGUGGAGGUCAACGAUCUCUGCUUGCACUUUCUCUAAUCUUGGCGUUACUUCUUUUUAAACCAGCUCCACUUUACAUACUGGAUGAGGUUGAUGCAGCUCUUGAUCUAAGCCACACACAGAACAUAGGGAGAAUGAUUAAAACUCAUUUCCCACACUCCCAGUUUAUUGUGGUUUCCUUGAAAGAAGGCAUGUUCAACAAUGCCAAUGUUCUUUUCCGGACAAAAUUUGUGGAUGGUGUUUCGACUGUUCAAAGGACUGUUGCAACUAAAAAGAACUAGUGAAUUUCGUUGUCUUGUGGGUCUUGCUAAACAUGGUUAUAUCAUCCUGGAAGACAGCUUUGCAGCUACCUCAGUAAACCCUUUUCAGGAAGCUAAUUACAUGAACAUAUAUCACAAAGAGUAUUGCUGUGUAAAUUAUUUUUAUUUUUCAUGUAUGUUUUUGCUGUAAAAAUCCUGAACUGGCUUAUACUCUAAUAUUGGUAGUGGCCACAAAAGUGUGGCUGUUCGUAAUGAAUUUGUUUUAUAAUGUUUUUGGACUGUUA